GGUCGCUCGCAGAUUCUGUUCAGCAGAUCCUCCGUCUGGAGCUCUUUGAUAGUUCGCGUUCGCCUUUCACCAAGCUUAGCUUUUGCCUCACAGCGUAGGAAAUGUUGGCGGCGCAGAAGCGUGCUGUGUUUGUCCAACGCCCCGGACGCCAGACCUGCGUCCGUGUGUGCGCUAAGGUCAGCAAGAAGGAUGGCGAGCCGCGCGUCGUCCGUGGCAAGUGCUUCGUGACCAAGGAUAACAUUGACACGGAUCAAAUCAUCCCCGCGGAGUACUUGACGCUGGUACCUUCCAAGCCGGAUGAGUACGAGAAGCUGGGCAGCUACGCACUGAUCGGCCUGCCUGAUGACACCUACACGACCCGGUAUGUGAAGGAAGGCGAGAUGAAGACGGAGUACCCUAUCAUUAUUGGGGGGCAGAACUUCGGCUGCGGCUCGUCCCGUGAGCACGCACCAGUGGCCCUCGGGGCGGCGGGCGCCAAGGUUUGCGUGGCUGAGUCGUAUGCCCGCAUCUUCUUCCGCAACUGCAUUGCCACGGGAGAGCUGUACCCGUGCGAGACGACCGUCCGGCUCUGUGAUGAGCUGAAGACUGGCUCGGAGGUGACGGUGGAUAUGGAUGCAAACGUCCUCACGGACCACAGCACCGGCAAGACGUACAACCUACAGGAGAUUGGCGAGGCUGGGCCGGUCAUCGAUGCAGGCGGCAUUUUCGAGUACGCUCGGCGGCAGGGCAUGAUCAAAACUGCCUAAGCACGCGGCAGUGUCGUGUACCAGGCAAGUGCACAAGCUGUUGGGAGCAUUCAACGUGUUGGCCUUUGCAAAGGCAACAACGCAAGCUAGGGCUGAAGUGCCUCUGCGUCCAUUGGUGUGAUGUUCCAGACGAGAAUGGCACCGUUGCUUGUUGGGCUGUCAAAUGACGAUGAGGAGGUGAGGAUGGAGUGGUGUGUAUGAUUUGGGAACGGGUAUACCUGAGGCAGGGGGCUUCCAAUCCCUCCAACCACCGAAUUGGUGACUGUGGGCUGGCCCCUCAUUUGUGCACACAGUAACGAUCGUGCCGAUGGUUUUAAUUGCUGGUUAUGUAAAGCGAGUUGUGCCG